GGAAGCCCUGCACUUGAACCAAUGAGAUAACACACACGCACGCACUCACGCGCGCGCGCGCACACCCCCCACUGCCUUGUCAGCUAACCCCCUCUAGUGCCGAGCACCCUGCACAGAUGCACGCAGUCUCUCCCCUGUAGCUGCCGCCGGUGCUGUUCCACCGCCGCCGCACGCCGACCCUUCCUUCCUCCGUCCCCCGGCUCCCGUGAUCCCAUUUGGGCCGCUGCAGCGCACCGGGGGUUGGAGACGGCGAGCCGGCGGUCCGCGCCGCAUCGCUGUGCCAACAGGAUUCCCAAAGUCCGUCUCGACUCUGUGCGCGAAGGAGACGCGCUUUUUUCGGCGUGGACGUUUUUGCAUUCUCUGUGAAAACAACGCAACAUCGGGCACUGAAGUCCACGGGAGAUCUGCAAAGUUGUCGCGAGCUGUAGGUGUCUGUCACCUGUCUGAUUUUUUCUCCCCGUUCACUUCACGAUAUAUUUGGCCACUUUAUACUAAAUCCUUCGGUUGCGCGCCAUCGCCAUCAUCGCCGCUGCCCGCCGGUAUGGAUCCCCUCGUGUUCUGUUCGGGUUUCUCCCACCGGAACCGAAUUUAAGGACCAUUGGAUCGGUGCUCGCGGAGGAUCCAGCCGCGCUUUUUCUCUCGGCUAGAAGUACCUCCUAUAAGGUCCGGCGGUACGUGUUGCAGCAGACAUGACUUUUGGAAACAGAUAUUUGCUCGUUUCGCUCUUCCUUGGAUUUUCCCUCACUCGCUUCAGCUCCAGCAACCAAGUCGUGCUGCUGGAUACGACGUCUGUGCUUGGAGAGCUCGGAUGGAAGACGUAUCCUAUAAACGGGUGGGACGCCAUCACGGAGAUGGACGAGCACAACCGGCCCAUCCACACCUUCCAGGUGUGCAACGUGAUGGAGCCCAACCAGAACAACUGGCUGCGCUCCAACUGGAUCUCCCGGCAGGCGGCCCAGAAGAUCUACGUGGAGCUCCGCUUCACCCUGCGCGACUGCAACUCCAUCCCGUGGGUGUCCGGCACCUGCAAGGAGACCUUCAACCUCUUCUACCACGAGACCGACGAGUCCCACGGCGUCAAGUUCAAGCCGCCGCAGUACACCAAGAUCGACACCAUCGCCGCCGACGAGAGCUUCACCCAGAUGGACCUCGGGGACCGCAUCCUCAAGCUCAACACCGAGGUGCGGGAGGUGGGUCCCGUGACCAAGAAGGGCUUCUACCUGGCGUUCCAGGACAUCGGCGCCUGCAUCGCGUUGGUUUCCGUGAGGGUUUACUACAAGAAGUGCCCGUUCACGCUGAGGAACCUGGCCUCGUUUCCCGACACGGUGCCCCGCGUGGACUCCUCCUCGCUGGUGGAGGUGAGGGGGGCUUGUGUUGACCACGCCGAAGAAAGGGACACGCCAAAGCUGUUCUGCGGCGCCGACGGAGACUGGCUGGUGCCUCUGGGAAGGUGCGUCUGCAGCGUCGGGUAUGAGGAGGUCGACGGCGCGUGUGCUGCAUGUCACCCGGGCUUCUACAAGGCGUACGCCGGGAACACCAAGUGUUCAAAGUGCCCUCCGCAUAGUGUGAGCUACGGAGAAGGUGCUGCCGCGUGCCGCUGUGAGGCGAGCUUCUUCAGGGCGGAGAGAGAUCCUCCAACGAUGGCGUGCACACGCCCUCCAUCUGCACCACGCAACGUGAUGUCUAACCUGAACGACACCUGCCUGGUUCUGGAGUGGUCUCCUCCCGGCGACACCGGGGGCCGCCGCGACGUCACCUACAACGUCCAGUGCAAGCGCUGCGGCCCCGGGCCCGGCCAGUGCCACCUCUGCGAGGAGGAGCUGCGUUUCCUACCGCGGCCUUUAGGCCUGACCAACGCCACGGUGGCCGUCAUGGACUUCUCGGCGCACGCCAACUACACGUUUGAGAUCGAGUCCCUCAAUGGUGUUUCAGACCUGAGCUCCUUCCCUCGACAGGUGGCCGUCAUCACCGUCAGCACCGAUCAGGGUGGUCCGUCUCUGGUUGGGACCCUGAAGAAGGACUGGGCUUCUCCAAACAGCAUCGCUCUCUCCUGGCAGCAACCCGAACAAACAGCACAGCUCAUCCUCGACUACGAGAUCAAAUAUUACGAAAAGGAACACGAGCAGUUGAGCUACUCAUCCACACGCACCAAGGCCCCCAGUGUGAUCAUCUCGGGCCUAAAACCAGCCACCUGGUAUGUCUUCAGCGUACGGAGCCGCACGCCAGCCGGAUACAGCUCCUACACGGCUAAAUACGAGUACAAAACAACCGGAGACUCGUCACACCUCGCCUCGGACCAAGGCCAGGUGUUGGUCAUCGUCACGGCAGCGGUCGGUGGCUUCACCCUCCUCGUCAUCCUCACCCUCUUCCUCCUGAUCACUGGGAGGUGUCAGUGGUACUUUAAGGCCAAGAUGUCUCCAGAAGAGAAAAGGAGGACGGAUUAUCAGAAUGGACAAGUCCCUUUCCCGGGAAUAAAGACGUAUGUGGACCCUGAUACAUACGAAGACCCGACACAGGCUGUCCACGAGUUCACCAAGGAGAUUGACCCCUCCAGGAUCCGCAUUGAGAGGGUCAUCGGAGCCGGUGAGUUCGGCGAGGUGUGCAGCGGCCGCCUGAGAACGCCGGGGAAGAAGGAGAUCGCCGUGGCAAUAAAGACGCUGAAGGGCGGAUACGUGGAGCGCCAAAGGCGGGACUUCCUGCGCGAGGCGUCAAUCAUGGGCCAGUUUGACCACCCCAACAUAAUCAGGCUGGAGGGCGUCGUCACUAAAAGCCGGCCCGUGAUGAUUGUGGUGGAGUACGUGGAAAACGGAUCACUGGACUCAUUUCUGAGGCAACAUGACAGUCACUUCACCGUCAUCCAGCUGGUCGGCAUGCUGCGCGGCAUCGCCUCGGGCAUGAAGUAUCUGUCCGACAUGGGCUACGUCCACCGAGACCUGGCGGCCCGCAACAUCCUGGUCAACAGCAACCUGGUGUGCAAAGUGUCCGACUUCGGCCUGUCCCGGGUGCUGGAGGACGACCCGGAGGCCGCCUACACCACCACGGGAGGCAAGAUCCCCAUCCGAUGGACCGCUCCGGAGGCCAUCUCAUACAGGAAGUUCUCCUCGGCCAGCGACGCCUGGAGCUAUGGCAUCGUCAUGUGGGAAGUGAUGUCAUAUGGGGAGCGGCCAUACUGGGAAAUGUCCAAUCAGGAUGUGAUUCUCUCAAUUGAAGAAGGAUACCGGCUCCCUGCACCAAUGGGAUGCCCCGUGGCCCUCCACCAGCUGAUGCUGCACUGCUGGCAGAAGGAGAGGAGUCAUCGGCCCAAAUUCACUGAUGUCGUUUCCUUCUUGGAUAAACUGAUCCGUAACCCCAGCAGCCUGUUGCCACUGGUGGAGGACAUUCAGAGUCUUCCAGAAUCUCCAGGGGAGGAGAUGGACUACCCAAUGUUCAUCUCCAUCGGCGACUGGCUGGACGCCAUUAAGAUGAGUCAAUACAAGAGCAAUUUCAUGGCAGCUGGCUACAACACAUUGGAUUCUGUUGCAAGGAUGAGUAUCGAAGAUGUGAGGCGCAUAGGGGUGGAGCUGAUCGGCCACCAGAGGCGGAUCUCCAGCAGCGUGCAGACCCUCCGCCUUCAGCUGCUGCACGAACAGGAGAAGGGUUUCCAUGUAUGAGGACGCCCCGUGACACAACCUGGGCCGGACAGAUGGAUGGACCAGAGGGAAGUGAAGUCUAGACCGCUUGGGCAGACAGUUCACGGCCCGUGCCUGAAGUCUUAAACCCCCCCCCCCUCCCCUUCCCCUUCCCACCCACCCACCUCCCCCCCCCCCCCGUCGUGCAGAGGAGGAGGUCACCGGACAGACCACCACGCAGCAGACUGAGCCCUGGUCUCCCUCACGUCCAGCAGUAACAGGCGCUUUCCUGCUCUACACCCAGUGGAACUGGCCUGAUAGACUUCAAAGACUGGCCCCGGCCUUCUCCUGGGGGAAUGUAAUGCCUUGUUGCAGCAGCAGUCAUUUGUGUGGAGCAACAAUAUCUAGAUGUAGAUUUUCAAACGUAAUCUACUGAAUCUUUUGACCUUUUUUUUAUUCCGUUUUUUUGUUGCUCCGAGUUACGUGCUCAUUUAGCUGCUAUUGGUUGUGCAAACAAAAAGUAUUUGGAAAACGUAUUCUUGAUAUCUUUUAUUUUGGCGUUUAGUCAUUUAUAUCAUGAUUGGUAUAAUUUGCAUUGCUUUAGUUUAACCAGAGUAUCUGGUGUGCUAAUACUUGAAGAAAGAAGUGAGAAGCAAGUGACGGAGAUUUCUUGAAUGUUUAAAAGUGUAUAGACAAUUAAUCAAUAAUUAUUAUCAUAACCUUAAUAUCUAUAUAUGUGCAGUCCUGUAUGUGAAAGCCCUAGUAAAUCUGGAUCUUAUUCAAGAUGUUUUAUUUAUUUAAGAUUUUUAUCCAAAUCAGCAAUACAGUAUUAUGCAGUCACCUCGGUAUCUCAGAGAGAAAUGAAGAAUGUGCAAUGGCAGAACUGUUGAUGACUCGUAAACAUGAGGGUUCACACCUCACCAUCCACCUUUGUUGUCACAUGCUGAACUUAUGGAACUGGAUCUGUUGCCUUCAGACGAACAACCAUACAAGUCCAUUCCGACGUGCUAACGGUCGCGUGAUGAGCCCGAUCCAUUUUUUUGGAUUGUGUAAUGCAUUGCCUGAGAGUACACAAUCUCCACCGUCUUAAAAUAUGAAUGUUCACAGAGCUUAGAUAGGAGGCGUUUGAAACGUACCACCGACUUAUGCGGUUCUUCAAAAUGAGCCCACGUGCUUUCAUGUACAUCCAUUGUUUCCUUUGUUUGUUUUUUUGCUUGCACACGUGCACUAAUUCAACGCACCUCUGGGGGUUAACUGCUCCAGGUGUGUUCUUACGUUGUGUAAAGGUUGUGGCGUUCGAAUCGGUGUACAUAGACGUAGUUGGGAAGUGAAAACCGUUGGAUCUGCGGUAGGUGAUGUCGAGUUGUGAAACGUUUGCCAUUCAAAAUCGAGAAGAAAAAAAAAGUUCCUCAUUGGUUUAGUGAGUGGUGAAUAGGCAGUACUGCAGGACGUAGUUAGUUAGUUGAGUUUGGUGAAUAGCAGAAGAAGCCCACGAGCUGGCGGGUUAAAGUUCGUGCGAUCGGGGGGCAAAGCUCUCCAGCAGAGACAGUGAGCGACUUUUAGGACGCCAGAGAGAGAAUGAACACAAACAGCAGCAUCACAACUCGCCACGUGUCAUUCUAACCCAUCAACAGCGACACACACACACACACACACACACAGAGCACACACAGAAUGCCUUACAGUCUGUUAAACACUUUAGAGCGGUUCAUGCGUUUCGUUGCCGUGUUACAGGACCUAGUCAUUAGUUUGAGUUGUACUUCCUAUUCGAGAUUCGAGACAGCUAGCCGCCCUGCUACAGCCGUGGGUUUCCUUACAAACGGGGGGGGUGGAGGGGGGGCUCGAUGAUUAAUGUCAAAGGCAAACCGGACCCAGAGAUCCGUGCACAGUUAUGCAUCGAGGCCUGCAGCAAUAGGAAGAGGGUGCCGGCGGACAUCCUAACACACACACACACACACACACAGAUUAUCACGCACACGCUCACGUCCACCCCCCCCCCCCCCCCCCCCCCUCUACAGAAUAAGGAGAAUAUCAGAUGCUGUUUGUUUAGCAUGUUCUACUGCUGAGCAAUGUUAGAACGUUCUUUUGUACAAAGUACAAGUAUACUUAUAAUUCUUGUAUUUUAUUUUUUUAUAAUUUCCAAAGAGAUGUUGUAGAUCUUGCACACUGUAAGAGGCAGUUACAGCGAAUAUUUAUUUGCAAAUAAAGAUAAACAGUUCUG